CGAAGAAACCGUUUCUAAUAUACAAAAACAAUCAGAAUGAGAGUUCCUGUGAUGUUAGCAAUAACUUGUAUAAUUAUAAAAAUAUUUUAUCAGAUAUUUCAUCACAAAUAAAAGCUAUACAAAGCGCGGAUAGCGCAAACAGUGGUACUAGUAGAGUUAAGAAGAGACUGGGAAAAUAUAAUAAUAAGUGUGUAUCUGUCAAUAUGUUGCCGUUAAAUGAUGAGUUACCACCACAAGAAAAGAAAGUCAGUAAACAAGAUACCCAAUUUGUGUUGGACACUCAGUUAAUUGAAUUCAUUGACAAAGUUGAAAAUAAUAACAUUGUAAAGGGUGUAACUCAAGAAUUUAAAACUUCUUUUAACAAUUCUACAGAACCCUUUGAUGAUAUUGUUUGUGAUAAGUAUUCAAGUAAGAAUAAUGAAUGUAAAAGUAAACAUAAUGAAAUAAGUAAUGAAGAUGUACUUGAUAAGGAAGGUAAAGAUUAUAUAAACACUGAAUGUGUAAAUAGUUUUAAAUCAACACAUUUAAACAAAUGUAAUACUAAUAUUAUUCUUGAUUCCGGACAAGAAUCCAAAGAAAAAUAUUUAGAUAAAAGCAAUUCACAAUUAGAGGAAAAUUGUACUGAAUUGAUUGAUAAAUGUAUGGAGAUUGAGUUAAAUUUAAAUUUAAAAGAUUCAACAGAUGUAGAAUUAAACACAAGUCCUGUUUUAAAUAUUAACAAAAAUGUAAACAGAAGAUCAACAAGUUCAUCUCCAUUAGUUUACAAUCUUGACUCUUUUGAGAAAUUUGAGAGAAUAGCCUAUCCUUUUAUAGAACACAACUCAGAUGUAACAUCUGUAAAACAUUUGAUUAAUUCACAAAUACUUGAAAAAGAAUUAGUUAUACAAAGUAAUUUUGAUAAACCUCAAACAUUGAGUCCUGUAAUAAAAAUAAAUAAUAAUAAAUUGAAUACUUCUAAAAUAUAUGAUCCACAUACAAAUGUUAAUGGAGAGUCAGAUGCACCUUUAGCAUUAAGGAUUAAUAUGUCACCAGAUUUAAGAAAACAUAGAUUUAUCAAUUCAUCCAAAGAUAAUAUUAAGAAUUACAACAAUACUGUAGAAGAAGACGAACUAUUGUUUAGUAGUGAUGAAGAAAUUCAUUGUGAACAGAAAAAUAGUGAAGAUAUACCGUUUACAUGUGCUAUACAAACAUCAUUUUAUGACCAAUCUGAUAUCUUAGAUAAAACUAUGUAUGUUGGUUUUCAAACUGCAAGUAAUAAGUCCAUACAAAUAUCAACUGUCUCAUUUACUAAAGCUAAAAGUCUUUUAAAUGAUGUAGAACAGAGUAAUAGUAUAAAUAAUCCAUCAGUAUCUGAGUUAGUUGAAAUGUGUGAUGGUCUUAAUUCUAAACACGAUGGACCAAGCCAUAUUGAUCCUAAAAAAAUUGAAAUCCCAACAUUUCAAUCAUAUGAUUUUAACAUAAAUAUUGAUAGUAAAAUUAGUAAUGUUAGUAAGUCAACAAAUUACCUUAAUGAAGAUAUACAGGUUUCCAACGAAAAAUGUAUUGAAGAUAGCAAUAAAGUGGCCAGUACCAAGGAAACACUUCAGAAUGUUAUUGUUACCAUGGACACCAAAAAUACUCAAAAUUCUAGAAAAGCUUUAGAGAAGAAAAUAUUUACAGAAAAGCGCAAGGUUGGUGGCUUUAUGACGGCAAGUAAUAAAAGGAUCAAAUUGUCUGAUAAUGCUUUAACAAUGUAUAAAACAGUGUUUAAAGACAUUGAUUUAAGUGAAAACUUUGAAGAAAACGAGGAAUUUAAUCAAAAUAUUAAAAAUGUAACAAUGAAAGUAAAAUCGUUGGAAAAUACUGAGUUUACUGAUAACGAAAACAAAUCACUAAAUUUAAAAUAUAUCGCAGAAAACAAUGCCAAUGAUUAUGCGAUAAAAAAAAAUUCAGAAGACAUUGCAACUGAAGUGUUUCAUGGGAAGAAUUUCGAUAUGCUACAUUGUGAUAAUAAUGUUUUUGGAUUUCGAACUGCAAACAAUGAAGAUAUUAAAAUAUCAGAAGCAUCUAUGGCUAAGUCCCGAAAAAUGUUUGAAGACAUAAAUUAUUGUGACAAUUUAAAUGAUUGUAAUGAAAACAGUAAACAAAAUUAUUAUUUUCAAAAUCCUGUUGCAACUUUGAAUCAAACUCAGAGUAAAAAACACAGUUUAUCCAGUUUCUUAGGUUUCAAAACAGCAAGUAAUAAAGCCAUUAUUAUAUCUGAAGAAGCUAUUGCUAAGAGUAAAAAUUUACUUGAUAUUGAAUUGAAUGAGUGUAAUGUUAAAAGUGCUAAUACAAAAGUAGAAAAUUCAAUAAAUGAAGCAAAUAAAGAAAAUAUGUCUGGUUAUACAUGUAAUACUUUAAAGGGCAAAAAAGAAAUGUUUAACUCUAGUAAUGCAAACAGAUCAUGCCAAACAGAAAUCGAGAGUGAUAUUAUCAGUGAAGAAAACCAAAAGAGUGGUCUGAAAGAAAUACAUUCUAUUGAGUUCAGAACAGCUAGCAACAAAAUAAUAGAUAUAUCACAACAGGCAUUGUGUAAAACUAAAAAUAUAUUCAAAGAUAUUGAGAUUUCUGAAGUAGAAAACAGUAAAGUGGUAACUCAAAAUGAUGACAAUUUUGGAAAACAGAUCACACCUAAUAAUUUUGAGUUUGUUGGGUUCCGAACAGCCAACAAUAAGGAUAUUGCCAUAUCAAAACAAGCUUUAGCUAACACUAAAAUGGUAUUUCAAGAUAUUGAUUAUUCUGAAUUUAAAGAUCCGUUAUGCAAAUUACUAAAUAUUAAGAAAAAACAACCUCCUAUUGAUCAAAAAAGUUAUAAUGUAUCUAAUCAUGAAUUAGAUUUUGUUGGCUUUAAAACUGCUAGUAAUAAAGACAUUGACAUAUCCGAGAAAGCUAUGGUUAAAGCUGGAAAUAUAUUGCAAGAUAUUGAGAACAUAAAUGUACUCUAUACAGAAGGCAUAACGGGACCUCAUCCUGAAUUCAAAACAACAAAUACUAAAGUAGUUAAUAUAUCUGAAGCAUUACAAAAGAGCAAAAGCUUAUCAGAUAAUAUACAUGCAAAUGGAUUUAAUGCAUCUAUUUCACUAAAAUCGAAAAGAGCCAAUAUGAAUGUAAAUGAAAAUAAUUUAGUCAUAGAAGAAGUGGCAAUUUCAAAUUCUAAUAGUAUGAAAGAUAUUAAUCAUCCUGUUAAAAUUUCUACUGAAUCUAGAAAUGACAUUGAUACAGUCCCUAAUGUAAGUAAAAUUAACCACAAAUUCAUUGGAUUUAUGACGGCUAAUAAUAAAGCCGUAAACAUUUCUUCUGAGGCUUUAUCAAAAGCUAAACUUAUUUUUGAAGAUAUUGACAAAGCCGAUAAUUUACCUAACCAUAAACAAAAUGAACCUUUUCCGUGUUUCCAAACUGCUAGUAAUAAGGAAGUAAUAAUUUCGAACAAUGCGUUAGAUAAAGCUAAAAAUCUUCUGAGAGAUAUUAAUAUAAACCCUAAUUACAAGAUUGAUUCGAACAACGAUUCAGAAUUAACAAAUAUGAAUAAUGUAAAUAAAAGCAAUCAUAUUAAGGAAACAGGCUGCCAUGGAUUUAGUUUUAAAAACGCUAAUGAUAAAGAUAUAAAUAUUUCAAAAGAUGCACUGAAUAUGUCCAACAAAAAUAAAGAAAAUGUUACUGAUAAUCUUAAUACUAGUUUAGAUAAACUAAUAAAUACACAAGUUAUUGAUAAUUUUGAUCAAACGUUGUAUACAGAAGACUUUUUAGAAACGCCAAAACAGCUAAAGAGGUCAGGCAGUCCUAUACUUUCAUGUCCAAGGGCUAAGAAAAGGAAACAAUUUGUUACACCAUAUAGAAAUGACAAAACUGAAACUAGUCUAACAACAGAAGUUAAUAUUAAAAUUAUUGAUAAACCCAUAAUAAAUCCGAAUUAUAAUUGUAAAACAAUGAAGAAAAUUUCCUUAAAAGAUGUUACAGUUUUAGAAAAUGGUGAUAAAAAAGAUAUAGAUCCAUAUCUUUUAAAUUUCACAUUUAGAACACUGUUAAAAUUCGAAUUUUUAGACCAGAGAAAUGAUCUAACAGAUAACAAAAUGGAUGUAGAAACAUUGAAGUCUUAUUUUUUGAAAGAUGUAAAUAAAAAAUUAAUACCUGACAAAUGGUUGGAUAAUCACAUAAAAUUAAUAUUAUGGAAAUUGAUAAGUUACGAACUUAAAUUCCCUAAUGUUAUGAAUGGGUCAUGUAAAGCUGGUAAUGUGAUAAAACAGUUGCAAUAUAGGUAUCAAAGGGAGCUGUAUAACGCCGAAAGACCAGCAAUUAGGAAAAUAUUAGAGAGAGACGACACAGCAGCUAAAUGUUUAGUGUUGUGUGUAGUGGACAUUAUUACUGUAGAAAAUAACAGUGAUACUUGUCUAAACACAGAACUUCUAUUAUCCGAUGGUUGGUACAACAUACGAGCGUGUAUAGAUAAAUUAUUAACCAAGCAUGUAAGAGAUGGUAAAAUAAAAGUUGGAACGAAACUUAUUACUUCUGGCGCUGAAUUACUCAACUGCGAACAGGGAGUUGCGCCGUGGGAGGAUACAUCCACAGUCCGUUUGAAAAUAUGCGGCAACUCAACUCGACGAGCACGUUGGGACGCGCGCCUCGGUUACCAUGGCAACGGCGCCAUCUUGUCUCGCCUGUCAAACGUGGCGCCCGAUGGCGGGAAAGUUGGCCGGCUACGUGUUGUAGUGACGAGGGUGUAUCCACCGCUUUAUGUAGAAAAGUUUGAAGACGGCAGUACAGUAACAAGGUCCGAGCGACUCGAAUAUAUCCACCAAAUGAAGUACGAGGCUGAUAGACAAGCGAUGAUGGAGAAGUUAUAUGAAGAAGUGGAGAAGGAGCUCUCAGAUGAGGAUUCAGUGGAGUCACAAGAAAUAGGCGCAAGCAGGAAAUCAAUGGACACCGGGUCUCAGAUUGCUCGACUCCUGAAGAAUAGUAGAGAUCCGUCGGAGUUUAGGGCAAACUUAACAGAGUCUCAAAGGAAUGUUCUAGAAGAAUACAACGCAAGGAAUCGUGAGAAGCUUCUAGAAAAUAUACAUGCUAGAGUCAAAAGUAAGAUGGACAGUGCUGGUCUGAUUUUCACGAGGAAUACAAUACCCCUGCUUAAGGUCAGAGUAGCUGAUGUUAGAGACAGAAAUGGCAAUGUGGAAGUAACCAAAGCCUUGCUCUCAAUAUGGAAACCAAAUGAUGCACUAACAGAAAUUAUAACCGAGGGCGCUUGGAUCGAACUGUUGAAUGUUGUACCCACAGCUGUCAGGUAUUCGGAACUACAAUUAUCAGCCGGCAGACAAACGACUUUUAAGCAAAUAACAGUCAAACAAACUGACAAACUUAAACCCUACACGACAUCAUUGAAUCGAACCUGCUAUCCUAUUACACAGCUAGCCAACAACCCAUCUAUGGUAACCGAUUACAACGAAGUCGACACAGCCGGAGUGAUAUUCGAUAUAGAUCCAAAGAAUCGAGAUUUCAACUCGAAUAAUCAAUUCCAAAAUGUCCACAUUGCUGACGAGAAUAAAAAUAUAAUCUGUGUAAAUUUCUGGGGCGGUAUUAAAAAGUUUGGUUUUAGUAACGUCUUAGAUACAGGACAAAUUAUUUCAUGUGUAAAUUUGCAAAGGCGAUCUGGCAGCACUAGGCGGUGCGUGCCCCAAUAUCGUGCGACUGAAUUCACUUAUUUCACAAAAACUCCCAAAAGUGUUGCCAACAGAAAAUUAAUGGAAGAUUUGGUAAAUAAAAUUAGUGUAAAUAAUGGUUUUAUUGAUGAUUGUAUGAGAAUUAAAAGUAAUACAUUACAUAAAUUACGUAGCAAUGAGAAUGAUGUAACCCCAUAUAGAUUUGAAAACCAUUAUGCUAAUAAUAUUUAUGUAGAUAGUCCUUUAGCAACAAGGAGCAAUCGACAAGAGGAAUUUAACCUUACCGGCCUAGAUUUUGAGUCGACAUUCAAACAAACGGACACGCAGGAAUUAUCACCAAAGACUUUACAAAGAAAGAAGAAAGUCAACGAAAAAAUAAACAAAUUAAAACAAUAUGGCGAACCGCCUCCUUUAAGUCCUUUAAAUAUUAUUAAUAGAUCGGAAAAAGCGACAAAAUCUUACAGGAGCCCCUUGUUAACAAGCGACACUGCUAAUGUUGCCACGAUAAACAAAACACCGAAAGUUACCAAUACAAAAAAUACACCGAAAAAUGAGAACAUUAGUUCUAGUCCAAUAUUGUCAGUGAUGAAGACAUGUAAAAGUGUUAAACCUGUGAAAUUAAAUUUCAAUAGUGUUGCCAUAAAUGAGAGCAAUUGUGAUAUUGAUGGGUUUGAGGAAGAUUUUGAGGGUAGUCCUCCAUUGAGUUUGGAUUAA